CUGGAAAUGAGCUCAAUCAAAGAUGGCAGAUAAAUUUUAGGUGUUUUUGCGGGUAAGAAAUGAAUAAGUAUAUGCGGAGAUUUUCUUCAAAAUGUUGACUUAUUUUGCUAUUCAGAUUGUAUUGCGUUGAAUUCAGAGUUCUGUUUGAUUUCUAACCUACUUUUAGGUGUAAAUUGUGAUGCAUUUUUAUAAAGCUUUCGUCACGUUCGAAGCAGCGCUAGCGCUGUCAAAUAUUUCACUAUUUCACUAAACAAGUUCUUUAAAGGUGUGCUGUGUUAUGAAAAGGUUCUGCGAUCAAGCAGCACAUAACUCUGUCUUAUUUUUAUUUCAGGUUAAUACUUAAGAAUGGGCCUCUUGUCAGAUGUUCAUCAGCGCAAGAAAGUGGUGGAUAUUUUAGUCAAACAUUGCUCAAAAUUAUGGUACCAACAUUAGAAAUAACUUUUGUAAAUUUAAUUGUAAAAACAAUUCGGUUGUAAGUGUGGGUGCAACAACAAGGGGGAAGUGAAACAUACUCUAAAAUAUUAGGGUUGUUCCAUUUACUAUUUACUCCCCCCCCCCCCCCCCCAACUCCAUCCCCCAAUGAUGACAUUUUCUGAAGGGGUAUUAAAAAAUUGGAAUUUCUGAAGGUGUUUAGGGAUGAAUGCAUGUCAGGUACAUUUUCUGAGGGGAUAUAUGUUCAUUGGUGCAUUUUUUAGCACUUUGGGAAUGAACAAUCAUACUUGUAAACAGAGGAUAUUACAUGGCCGCACGGAAAUUUGAAAUUUCUCUUCAAGUGUUGAAGAGAAAUUUCGUAUCUCCAAGCGGCCAUGUAAUGUUCUAUUUAUUAUAUAAACACCAAUGAAAUACCAAACCAUUUCACUUUAAUAGUUUUUUGGUGUGAAAGGCGCAAUUUAUUAUGUAGCCACAGCAAAGGUGGUAUUUUCACAUGUGAAGAUAACAUGUUAUUUUCACAUGUGAAGAUAUCAAGUUUUCUCACGAAAGCUCACUUGGUAUUUCAUUGGUGUUUCAUUGGUGUUUAUAUAAACCUCUUUUUCAUGAGCCCCACCCACAUCUAACUACUGGUCUUUGCCUAAUGGCGCAUUCACUCCUUAGAAUUCCUCUGAUUUAAAUCUUACUCACCAAGUUUUAUCCUUAAUGGUUCUUUUACAGUAUUCUUAGCUAUCUUGCUGGAAUAAUCUGGCUGUGUGCUCUGUCAGAUCGUGCAUUCAAUGACCGAGUUUAUUUUUCUGAAAAUGCUUUGUUGCCUGGACUGGUUGAAGCUGAAUUCAAGAGUCACAGACUUGCUUCUGAAUUGUUCAAAAAACUUUCUACAUUACCUGAAGGGGACAUGAGGUUUGUCUGUUUUCUUAGCAACAUUUUUGUGGCCACUCAAUAAAACAAAGAAACUGCAGAUUUAUGUAGUUAUCAUUCAGGUGUUUACUGUUCAGCAAUAUAAUUAGGGAGUUUAUGCAACGAUGAUGGCGAUGGCUAAGAAAACGUCACUUAAAAAGUGAAUUUGCGUUGCCUCAAACUUAAUCGUGCUUAUUGCAUCUCGUUUAAUUCGUCAAAUGUUGGUAAAUUUUUUUUGGAGUUGAAUUCUAAAGGACUGCAUCAAAGUUCGAGAAAAAAAAAAGAAAUUCUUGUCUUUUGUUCCUGUCCUCGACAAAACAAGAAAUUAGGCAGUUUCAUGUUGUAGCCGUGCAACGAUGGCAGAGAAAUGUACAAAAAGUGUGAUUCACGAGCAAAGUUGUUGUUUUGCUUGUCUAAACCUUUUUUUUUUUUCAUUUUUGUUGCCGUCCCCAUUGUCGUUGCACAAACUCCCUGAUUGUUUUAACGGAAAUAAAGUCGUGGUAGAUCUUUAAACCCUUACCCUGUUUAAGACAAAAAUAAUUUUUGUCUUUUCAUUUCAUCACCUUUUUUGACAAGAUUUCAUAAUUUAAUGAUCCUGAUUCUUGCCAAAAAAAAAUAAGUAAAAAAAUAAAUUGUCGGUACCGCUCAUGUAGACCCCUUAUCACCAACCUUCACACUCUUUUAACCGUUAAGUCCCAAGAGUGACAAACAUCAAUUUUCUCGUUACAAUAUUAAUGCACAAUCAAGAGAAUAGGUUGUGAGAAUUAACAAAAUAAACACCUGAGGGAAAUUGCUUUGAUCUUUUAUCAAAUUCUCUCGACUUAUUCCUUAUAGAAAUGCAUAGAGACCCGUUUGGAGAAUUUGUAUGUAAAUAGUGGGGCUUAGAAGGGUUAAAGGAUGCCGUCCAAAAAGACACCCUGUUCAAGAUGCUAAAUACUAGAAAAUUGUGUACCUUGUUGCAAGAUCCUUAAAACCCUAUUGUUAAUUCUCAUAAAUUUGUCAUUUUUGAACACUGUUAUUCAAAAUAUUUUCAGCAAAGCUGCAUCAGAGAUGAUUGCAAAUGUGAUGGAAAACAGCGGCCUGCAGACAUACCACCAGAAUUUUACAGUUCACAUGCCCUUUGCUGGAAUAGUGGAGCCUCAUACAUCAAUGGGUGUUAAUAUUUAUGGCAUUCUUAGAGCUCCCAGAAUAGCAGGAACUGAGGCUGUGGUAAUUAGUGUUCCUUAUGAUCAAGGAAACAAUAAAGGGGCAUUGGCUUUAAUGUUGGCAUUUGCUGACCAUUGCCGAGGUAAGUUCAAAAUUUCUCUGUACCUGUCAUGACUUCACACAGCUUUAAAUCUUCAUUGGACUAAUAAAUUUUAGGAGACGAUAGUUAUUGCACGAGGUUGAGAAAAAUAUCGUGAUUUGUCUGUGGUGAGCUGAUCAAUUAUUUGCCAAAGCUGAUGGCUGAGGCAGAUAAUUGAUCUAUGAGACACUGACAAAUCAUGAUAUUUUGUGAUUGCCGAGUAGUUCAAUAAUCAUUUGAUCACCAAGUCUGUUUUUUAAUGAAUAUCUUUGGGAAGCAAAUCAAUCUACCAUUGUCACGCAAGAGCAAUCACAAGCAGGAGAAAAGUGUGGUUUCAUUUACACACGAGCAGAAUAUUAUUUGCAGUGAAACACAGUAGGACGACAUUGCCCAUGAGCGGACCAUUAUUUGUAGGCAGUCAUUUGAAGGUCACAUGAUGGGCCCUUGGCCAAUGAAAAGGAUUAAAAAUUUGCAUCAAAUUAUAAUACUGAUUGUUCUCCAGUUUUUUUUGGCCACAUCACAGCAACUGUACUGUCAGUAGCACUUGGCAAUGAAACAGAUGUUUCCAACCAUUUUUUCACCUGUGUAUGUGUCGUUUGUCAACUGAUUUGGUAUAGACUGCAAGUGGUUGACGUUCUUUCCUCAAAGCCACAUCUUUCCUCAGAGCCAUGUCUCAAACAAAAAAUGAGAGACUGCUUGCUGUCUAGAUUUGGUACAGUACUGAGAUUCAAAAGCGUUUGACUCUCAUGGUUUUAAUAGCCAACGUGUUUUCAAUUAACUCACUUGACAAAGCCUUUUUUUUUUCGUUUUAACCCCUGUCAAUGCAGCACCUCAGUUUAGAAAAUAAUUUUUUUAGCUUGACCUGAAUAAGAAUUAUUGUGGCUCAACUAACAAGCAAUUUCAUCUCUGAGCCAUUUUGUAAAAUGAGUUCCAACCUGUUGCAUGUGGAACAAGAAAGGUAUUUACACUGUCUGUUCUGUCUUUAUAUGUCAACAAUUAGGCUGCAAUGAACCUGCUUAGUAUUGUAAAUAGUGUAUAGUAACCAUCUGCAAUAUUAUUUUGUUGAAAUUUAUUUCUAGCAAUAGCCUUAUCAAAAAUACUAUUGAGGGUUGUAUUGCAGUUUUGUUUAAUACUAUCUUAACUUCAAUGAAAUAGGUUAGUAACCAGGGCUUGCCUAUAUUUUUAACCCUGAAGUCCCAAGAGUGACCAACAUCAACUUUCUCCUAACGACACCCAUAUAUUGUCAAGAGAUUAGGUUAUGAGAAUUAAUAAAAUGAUCACCAAAGGGGAAAUGUUUGAUCUUUUAUCAAAUAACUCAUUCUGUAAGGAAAUGUAAGGAGAUCAGUUUGGAGAAUUUGUAUGUGGAUAUGAGGAUGAGGAUUUGUUUGUGGCUUAAAGGGUUAAGGCAAGGUCACUUGAUUAAAAGUAGUUUUUGUUUUCAUCAUUUCAAGCCUGUCUUACUCUUCACUGAUCAUAUUCCAGGAAAAAGCUACUGGUCCAAAGACAUCAUAUUUCUAGUAACAGAUAAAGAUCAGUUGGGGAUGCAGGCGUGGCUCGAUGCUUAUCAUGGCAUCUCAAACUCUUGUAAGUAGCCUAACUGAAGCCUAUCAUCUUAGGUUCUCCAGAAAAUGUAGAGUAGAGGGAGAAAAAAUUAUUGUAGGCCAAAAAAGAUUAGAUCAAAAGGAGCAGAAAGCCGUUCACAUGGGUUAGCAUAUGUGGGGUUAGGUGUGGUUGGGGUUUUCCCGCCCACCCCUAGAGAUGUUUUUAUUUUAGGGGCUCUGAAAAUUGCAUUUCAGUCUGUUUAAGCAGUCAUUUAAUGAAAUUCAGCCAUGUAUAGAGGUGGUGUUUUUUUUUUUCACCAAUGUUUGCCCUAUUUUUUAUGAUAUAAUGUUUGUUUCUAUUUGAAGAAAAGUGUUGAGAAACAAAUACCACAAAUUUAUUCCCCUUUAGAAAAAAUAUUUUGUUUGAGCACCCAGCUCUUCUGUCUCAGCUGUAUGGCAAUUUUUGCCAGCUGCUGGAGCUUCAGGAAACUCUGAUCAUCUUUUAGAGAACGUCAGACCCUUGGCUAUGCAAACCGAAAUACUAUGUGAAAUAAUGAGUAGAGUGGGCCUAUGUAUUUCCCACAGAUAUCUCUUCAGCUCCUCUGGAAGGACACUCUGGCUCUAUUCAGGCAGCACUUAAUUUGGAAUUUGCUGAUGAAAAAGUUAAUUUUUUUGAGAUUGCCAUUGAAGGGAUUAAUGGACAGCUUCCCAACCUUGACUUGGUAAACACUGUAUUCAGGUUGUGCCGUAAGGAGCGUAUCCCAGCCGCUUUACACACAGAGGUAAAUAACUUUACCUAAAUAAACACAUUUUUUAAGCUCUAAUUUAGUCUGGGACCAGGUUCCUUUUUGGGUAUAAAAGGAAGAAAAAUUAGUGGGUCUAGUCCAUUGUAUAUAAUUGUAUUAAUACUGUAUUUUGUGAGUAAUAAUAUCUAUUUCUAAUAAUAAUGUAUUUGCAUAACUUGUUGCCAGGGAUAUCAUGAACACUUAGGGGCUUGGGGAGACUCUGUACAGUCCCUUGUUGCCAUGGUGAUGAUGAUGUUCUACCAAGCUUCUGGAAGGCCAUCCGGCAAUCAUGGGUUAUAUCACAGAUAUCGCAUUGAAGCUCUUACAAUGAGGGGCAGGGGUGAAAAUUGGGAAUACGGACGUGGAUUCCUGGAGACAGGAAAGUAUGUACAUGUUAUUAAUAAUUAUUAUUAUUGUUUUAUCAUUCAUUCACGGUUGUCAAAAGUAGCUGGCUGCUGGCGAAAAUCAUCGCCUACUUGGUUAGUAUUGGUUGGCUACUCUGCUUGGCAUUUCUUUACAGAUGGCGCUUUUGACAUAAAAUAUCCCUGGACUGGCCACUUACUUUGACAACUCAGCCAUCUACUUCAAAACUUUCUGACAACCCUGUUCAUUCAAAAUAGUUUCUAGUUGAAAACAAGCUAAAACAUGCUUACCUCCAUUGACGUUAAGUUCAUCUUUGAUAGUGCACGUUUAUUGGCAAGUUUAGGAGAUAAAGGGUUCUUCAGUUCUGCAAAUAUUCUCCAAAUAGCAAUGUUGUCCAUCAAGUUGUCUUCUUGUUGUUUAUUUUGUGUUUUUAGCCAAACAUUUGCCGAUUUCUUCCUUGUGAAUCAAGUAAAAAAAGUUCCACCAUUUUGUAUCACUCAAACAACUGAACCUUGUCUUGAGGUUCUUGUUUAACGGUUUUGAUAUCAAUAAUCUGGCAAUUUUGCUGCAUGAUUGAUGUCAUUAGUUCAAAAUCACAAAAUUCCUCCAAAUUUUGUCAACAGUAGUUGGUUAUGAUGAAUUAUGUGUUUGAUUUUAGCCAAACAGAAACAGAGACAACUUUGGAAUGAAUAAUAAUUAGCAAUUAGUAUCACCUGAAGAAUUAUUUUGGAGAUCAAGGGGAGUGUUGCACUCAAUACCAAAAACAAGUCCAACUCGUCUCCGGGUCUUCCUGGAUAAUGGUUCAACAAUCUGUCAAUUUUGCUGCACGAUUGAUGUCAUCAGGUCAAUAUCACAAAAUUCUUCCAAAUUUGGUCAACAAUAACUAGUUAUGAUGAUUUAUGCAUGGGAUUUUAGCCAAUUAGAAAUGAGGAAAUAUUUGAAUGAAUGAUAGAUACUACAGUACCGCUCAAAAGUAAGUCACCACCCUCUCGUGAGGCGUCAUAAACAAGUGCAGUGUCUAAAGCCAAAAACUAAACAGUGUGCUGAUGAAAAGCUAAAAAAAAGCUUCUUGAAAGAAACUUAACGCCAAAUCUAACACCUGUUUUCCUCAGUCUUCGAGUUAACGCUAAACAAAAUAAUUUAUGCCAAAAAUUACCGCUUCAAUGAUUCUCUUGCUAUGCAAUUCUCGUAGUUCGCAACGAGAAUCAGAUAGCGCAUGACAUGAUUCUCAUUGCGCAGGAAACAAGACACGACUGGUAACUUACUUUUGAGCGGUACUGUAUUAUGAACUUGUUUGUUUUAAAGUUGUAGACUGAAGUGAUUUGUAGACUGUCCAAUCUCUUCGGUGUGUAAGAUUGGGAUAUUUUUCAAUCACAGAUGAAUCAUGUGAGUGGCAAAGUCGCUAGCCGCGAGGGGGGUAUGGGGGCAUGCAUGCUACCCCAGAAAAUUUGAAAUUUUGAUGCUCUGAAACGCCAUUUGUAGUGUUCUGAGGAGACAAUUUCUUUCUAUAUCUUUUCUAAAUGCUUAUUUAUGUUUACUGGGUUUGCAUACAAGUACUCGGUCUUAUUUUAUAUUUCACGCGGUUUUUUUAAAGUUUUCUGGAUAUCAGUUUCAAUUAAGUAUACUCUGUUAGGUGUUCUUGUAUAAGUAUCAAAGGAAUUCAUUCAAAAUAUGAGAACAGAAGUCAAAAUCGCGAUUUUUCCUAUCCCAAUUGCAUAUUGAUUGGGAUUCAGUAUUCUCAAGCAAAAUUGGGAGAAUCCCGGGGAGAUCGGGAUGGUUGGACUGUCUGGACUAGACUCUUCUCAGUAAACACUGGAUAUCUUAUUUUUCCCAUUCCACUGAUCAUGCUGACAAAAGAUAACGGUUUCUUUUUUUGUUGCUAACUAGUUAUAGUCAUCAUUUUUCUUACAAACCUUAUUUCUACGAUGUGCUCAUUUUAAUCCCUCCUUCCAUCAGCAGGGCUGUGCUCUAACAGUACCCCAUAUCACCUGGUGCCUAACUAACUUCUGCUCUUGUGUGACUGGGAAAUUUUAGUUUUUUUCAUAUCAAUCAUAUGCUGGGCAGACUGGCUUUCACGGGUUUAGAGCACCAGGCAGCCAGCUCCCUUCUUCUUCUUCUUAUUAUUUGGCCUUGGUCAUUGUAGUAUAGACCACUUCCCUUUUCAUUGAUAUUGAAAACUGUAAAAAAUCAAUCUUAACUCAAUACAACUUGGUAAUGAACUCCGAAAUCUGACAUCCGCCUCUGAACUCCGAAGUCAAGCAUUGAACUUCAGACAUCGGCAAUCGGAUAUAGAAAAUCAGACAUGAGACAUUGGAUGUCGGACAUUGGACAUCAGACUUCAAACAUUGGACAUUGAAAAUCUGACAUCAGACAUUAAACACUUGACAUCGAAAAUCAGACAUCAGACAUCCGACAUCAAAAAUUAGACAUUGAACAUCAGACAUCAAGUCUAAUAUCAGACAUCUGAUUUCAUGUGUCUGACUUCAUGUGUCUGAUUUCAGGUGUUUGAUAUCAGACAUCUGAUGUCAGGUUCUGUUAUCAGACGUCUGAUGUCAGGUGUCUGAUGUCAGGUGUCUGUUGUCAAACGUCUAAUUUCAGACGUCUCAUUUUAGAUGUCUGUUGUCAGACGUCUGAUUUCAUGUGUCUGAUUUGAGACGUCUGACUUCAGGUGUUUGAUAUCAGACAUCUGAUGUCAGGUUCUGUUAUCAGGCAUCUGAUGUCAGGUGUCUGUUGUCAAACAUCUAAUUUCAGUCGUCUGAUAUGAGACAUCUGAUGUCAGACGUCUGAUUUCAGAUGUGUGACGUGAGGUGUUUGAUAUCAGACGUCUGAUGUCGGGUUCUGUUAUCAGACGUCUGAUUUCAGGUGUCUGUUCUAAGGCAUCUGAUGUCAGGUGUCUGAUGUCAGACGUCUGAUAUCAGACGUCAGACAACUGAUCUCUGAUGUCAGGCGUCUGAUGUUUGUUGUCUGAUGUCUGACGUUUAUUCUCUAAUGUCUGAUGUCAGACAUGUGAUAUUCGUUGUCUGAUGUCAGAUGUCUGAUGUUUGGUGUCGGAUGUCAGAUCUCUCAUAUCAGACGUCUGAUGUCUGAUGUCUGUUGUUUUUUUUUCUAAUGUCAGACAUCUGAUUUCAGAUGUCAGAAAUCUAAUGUCAGACGCCUGAUGUUUGUUGUCUUAUGUCAGACGUCUGAUGCUUGUCUGAUCUCAGACGUCUGAUGUCAGAUACCUGAUCUAAGACGUCAGAUUUGGGAUGUCUGAUGUCAGACGUCUUAUUUCUAAUGUUUAAUGUCUAAUGUCAGCUGUCUAAUAUCAGACGUCUGAUGUCUGACGUGUGAUGUAAGACGUGUGAUGUCAUUUGCCUGAUUUCUGAUGUCUGAUGUCAGAAGUCUGAUGUCUAAUGUCUAACGUCUGAUGUCUCAUGUUUGUUGUCCGAUGUCGGAUGGGUGAUGUCCGAUGUCCGAUGUCUGAUGAAUUUUGUCAAAGAUAAAAUCCUCAUACCGAUGUUGUUUACCGAUAUUGUAGAGUCAAACUUCUUUAAUACGGACACCAAAGGGACAGAACCAAGUGUCCGCUUUACAGAGGUGUCCAUAUUAUAGAGUUGUCCGUAAGGAGAGGUUAGACUGUAUUCUUUCGUCAUACCUUUGAAACGAAAAAAAGCAUUGAAAUAAAUGAGUUGUUUGUGACAGGAAAGACUUCGGAUCAUGUUUGAAGAUAAUUCAAUAAGGCAUUUAUGUUACGGAACCGAAUGCAAAAAGGCAGAAGUAGUUGCAUGGGGAUGACCCCCUACCAUCCACAAAACAGAGAUACUGAGUAACUCUUAAAAGCAAUGUGAUGACGACUUCUCUAAUUUUUUGCGAGGAAGUUUUCUACAACAUAGGGGUAAAAAAUGUCCAUUUUUUACUGAUAAAGGCUAAACUUUAACCAAACCUCAUUCGCCAGCGUGACAUGUACACCUGCAUGUACUAUGUUGUUGGCUAUAUGGGGAUAAAGUUCUUCGAGAGCUAGCUCAUUAAAAGCUACUGAUCAGUACUUGUGACGCUUAUUGUGCUGUACAUGGUGGUUCAUAAUUAAUUCUGUGAUAAAGUCCUGGAGUUUGACCAUUCAAAUCUCUUCUGAGCAGUACUUUCCUGUAGUUCUGUUUAUUCUGUACAAGCUGGUUCUAACUUUUGAGUCCGUUGAUGAAAUCCUAAAGUUUGACCGAUCUAAGCAACACUGUUUUCGGUAUUAUUUUUCAUUCAAAAAAUUUCUCCGUUUCUGAUUGGCUCAAAUCCUGCCCCUAAUUCUUCGUAACUAACCAACGUUGAUAAAAUUUGAAUGUGAUAUGUCUUUAGCGAGCUAAGAUGUGCCGGAAAGUCGCGAAAAUCUACAGACGUUGGUGUUUGUGCCACCCACCAUACAAACGUCUGUAAAAUUUCGCGACUUUGAGGAGCUAUAUCUUUAUUAGUUUUCAACAAAUCAAUUUCAAACUUGGCUAUUUUACUAGUUUUAAGGCUCCCUUUUCGGUGGUGUCGACGAAUUUUCUAGAACUUGUCCAUGUCAAAAGUUGAAAAAAAAAAAAAAAGAUCCGUCAAAAGGUCUGUUGUUGAAAACACUUGACACUUGACGACACUGGUAUUUUUUAUUUUUGUUCAAAUCUUUCAAAACCUUAUUCAGAGAACAGAAAGUUGGCAACUUGAACUUGUCGAAUCAAACUUUUUAAUCAAAGUAAACAUUAGUUUUUGAUCAGAAGGUUUGCUGAAAAUGAUUGAUCGGGCAGUGUCAUCGGACAUCAAACAUCGGAUAUCGGAAGUCAGACAUCAGACAUCGGACAUCAAACAUCGGACAUCCAAAAUCAGACAUCGGACAUCAAACAUUAAAGAUCAUACGUCAGACAUCAGACAUCGGACAUUAGACAUCUUACAUCGGACAUCGGACAUCGAACAUGGUAAUCAAAAAUCAAACAUCGAAUAUCAGACAUCGAAUUUAAGACAUCGGAUAUGGGACAUCAAACAUCAGACACUGGACAUCGGACUUUAAACAUCAGGCAUCGGACAUCGGCCAUAAGACUUCAGUUAUCAGACAUCGAAGAUCAAAGAGAAACUCGAAACUUCAAAAAAGAAUGUACGUGCUCAUUAACGUUUUUGCCACCCAGCAAUUUCGUAGAUUUCGAUGGCUUACAAGGAGAUGAAAAUUGCACAAAACUCUCAAAUAGACCAACACUUUUAACUUUUGAACAAAUUUAAUGCACUGUCAUCCUCAUAUCAAACAUCUUACAAGUUUGUGUGUAAAAAGUAAUAAGUGUUAUUAUUGUUUUUUCCUAAUUUUUUGUCCUUUAUCUUUCACAUAGGGUCAUUGAAGGAAUUUUCCGCAGUUUGAACAACUUAUUGGAGCAGUUCCAUCAAUCAUUCUUCUUCUAUCUCCUUCCUGAGUCUCAUAGAUACGUGUCUAUAGGUCUAUACAUGCCUCCAUUUGGUUGUCUUCUAUUGGGCCCUGUUAUCAUGGCAAUAACUCUCUGGACUUUAGCAGGGACUGGACCAGAACAUGAACCAAAGGCAGACACCCCACAAGUGGGUGGGGCGACUGAGGAGGGAUCUGAGCAAGGAGACACCGGGGUAGAAAGCGCUGAGGAAAAAAGUGAACCUUAUGAAGCAGAGAAGGUUGAGGUGGAGGAUAAGGUUUGUUUACACCUUUUAGCUCCAAUAUCCAGAUCCAAAUUCUCUAUACCGAACUCUAUAAUUUCUUUGAAGAACUAGUUGAGUUGAGAAUUUGUUCAAAGAUCAAAGCAUUUUCACUUAGGUGAUCACUUUUUCAAUUCUCAUUACCUUUUCCAUGGAUUAUGCAUUGACAUUGUUAGGAUAAAUUAAUGUUGGUCACUCUGAAUGAAGUUCUUCGACGCAGGCUAGGGCACAAGAGGUUUUCAACUCUUUAUCCACACUUUAUUCAACAACAUAUAGUACCAGGAGCCUAUCAUCCGGAGAGAGCAACUUCCAUGCGCUCGUGUCAGGGCGUUUUCACGGACCAGUUUAUUUUUAGAACGGUUUGGGGGCGAGUUUCUAGUUGAAUAUCUUUUAAGUCCCACAAACCAGUCAGCAAAACCUACAGACCUAAAAAUGAUAUUUUUUGCCUUUUAAUAACGUUUAGUUUUCCUUUUUUAUAUUUUAUACUUCGAAUGCGCUCAUAGACUUGGUGGAGAUUCUAUUUUCGCGGGUAAAAGUGCCCUAAAAUGUGUCUAAAAAUAAACUGGUCCGUAAAAACGGCGUGACAGGUGCCUAGUAUGGGAGUUGCUCGCUCCGGGUUAUGGGCUGCUGAUAGUACAAAGAAGUAACAAAACACAGUGUUGAAAAGGGAAAGAAUCCUAAAUAUGCACUGCAGCACCGUCACCACCGGAGGAAACCCCAAACUACCUGAAGCCCUCAAACAUGUACAAAACAAAUUCAAAAGUUAGCUUGAAAUCUAGAAGCCUUUGCCCUAUUUAACCAAAUCCGCAACAGAGGAUGUUUCUCUGAUAUCACGGGGGAGACUAUUCCAUUCUGCAACUAUUCUGUUCAUGAAACUAAAUUGAAAUAAAUUAGUCCUUGAAUAGCAGGCCACAAGACUUGGAGUAUUCAUACUUCUCAGUACACAUCCCCUAUGAACAUCCUCAGAAAGCUAACUCCUGCUCCCGUCAAUAAACAACUUUUGCAAACUCUUAUUCAAUUUGGCGCAGACGAAUACUUGUUGUAACGAAUAAUCAAUAAUUUUCAAGAGCUUUUUAGGGGUUUUCGCAAGCAAACAGUUUAUAUGUCAACAUUGAAUUUACAGGUUGCUUUCUUACGACAUCCUCCCAACAUGGGAAUUGUAGUUCCUGUUGUCAUGGCAACGCAAAUGGCCGGCGUGUUGGUAUUUUACUCUCCUGAUCUCGGUUACAAUUUGGGUAAAGUUACAGGGGUGGACCCAUUGCAGUCGGCCUAUGCUGCAAUAGCUGGUUCCUUUCUUUCAUUAGUGCUGCUCCCUUUGAACAGAAGGUAGGCGUUGUAUCUGUUGUGAUAAGAGACGACCACAAGUACGAAAUUUUCUCAAUUCUAAGCAGUGCGCCCGCGAAUCAGCGUCAUUAUGGCGGGAAAACGUCAUAGCCGUCGUCAUUCUACUGCAAGUUUAAGCGAUAAUAGACAGCUUUGGAUUUGAGGACGAGAACGAGUACGAGUACGAGAUUUAACUUUAAUUUUUUGCGCGUGUUCUUAAAAAAAAGACCCCCCGGAAUGCUUCAUUUUACUUUUUUUCACCUAAAAAUUUAGUACGGUUAUUUAUACUGAAGAGGUUAAGCCCUCUCCCGAUAGCAAAAUGAUAAACCUUCUUACAUUUGAAAACUUGGGGCCGCCAGUACGACAUUCUCGCUAAAACUUUUAGUACAAUGACGACGGCUAUCACGUUUUCCCGCCAAAAUGACGCUGGUUCACGCAUGAGCAAUACUCAGUAUUAUUAGGGAGCUUUAAUAGGGAGCUUAACCAAAGACGUUUUUGAGCGACGCACGUCAACCGGAAGUGAGGCCUUCUCCCUCUUUAUAUGCCUUGGCGCUAACAAAUUUGUUUUGCUAGGUGUCUUUUCUCUUAAAAAGUCGAUUUACCUGAGAGUUUCAACCAAACCACCUCGCAAUGAUUCAAAAAGUCCGCUUCCGGUUGACGUCCGUCGCUCAAAAAUCGUCCUCGUCUCAGAAUCUAAAGCUCUCUAAUGUCUUCUUGGCGGAAACAUGUUAGAAGUUUUAUCAUUUUGCGACUCUAGAGAGGGCGCAAUCUCCUUCAACAAAAGUAACAGAGCUAACGUUUCUGGUGAAAAAAAAGUACAAUGAAGCUUUUCGGGGAGUCUAUUUUUUGAGAAGACGCAAAAAAUGUUUAAGUCAGAUCUCGUCUUCGUAGUCGUCCUUGUCCUCGAAUCUAAAGGAUGUUACAGGGGAAGAUUCGCAACGACGAUUUUUAGCGUAACACAGCGUUACAAUUUUGGAACAGUGUUGUAACUUUUCGAAACAAUGUUGAAACGCUGUGUUGCGCUGAAAAUCGUCGUGUAACAUCACCUCAAGGUCCUUAAUGUGUUGUUUUAGCUGAUCUGGUAUUGUUAAGUUGAGUUCUCUUUUGAGUAGCCGCUUGGUCCAAAGUCACGCAACGCUCCCCGUUAGCAUUUAGUCAUUAGUGAACUUACGCAACAGGACGGGAGAGGAAAGAAGACGGCAAACCUUGUGUGACAAGCGUGACAAUAAUUUAGUUUGAAAUAACUUUUCGCCAAACUUCACUUUUCUUUAGACACAUCUUUUCGUGAAAGACCAGAAAACAUUAAUGUAAGUGAGGGUCACGACAAAACACGCAAGUAAUAGCCCUGUCGCGUUUGUCGCACACAAGCGUUUCGUCGUCCUCUUCACUUUCUGUCGUCCUGUUGCGUUAACUCAUAUUUUAGGCCCAAGCGUCUGCGAAAGAGACUGUGUGCAAGGAGUUCAUUUGGUAAUUAUUUUACUCAAUCACAGUAAAAGUAGACAAUUUAGUGAACCAAUCUGAAGCUAACACAUAAAGCCUGCGCAAACCGCGGGGAAAUACAUAUGACAAAGUCGCGAUUGGCUUUCCUUCUUCUUUUGAGUGGUUGAAAAAAAUUACAGCGAAUUUUUAGCCAAAAUAAGACGAUGUAUAAAUAGCAUUUAAUUACAGUGGAAUCCGGUUAAUACGGACACGAGGUGUUGUUCUUUAAACACGACAAUCGGAUCCACGACUUUUCUUGGUUAGGUACUGACAGUUUUAGUUUGCGACUCAGCCAGGUGGACAGAACCUUUAAAAGGUCAUUCGCCGUUCCUGUCAGGUUUUUUCUAGUAAGACAUUCAGUCGUGGACAGUGCUUAGAUAAACAGUGUCUGUGUAGUGGGGCUGACGAUAUGUGGGAGUUUGUGACUCGGGAUAUGGCACUAUCGGGCUAUCGUUGUGCGUUUUAACCGGUGUCCGUAAUUAGGGGGUUGAUUUAAGAGAAAAUGAAUGAGCUGUUGGUCGAGACAAACGAAAUUGUCCGUUACAUACGGGUGUUCGUAUUAAGUGAGUGUCUGUAGAGCAGGGUUCCAACGUAUCUAAGACUGAUUUCAUUUCUGUCUUUCCUUUAUCAAGGUAUUCUCGUGAUACGGACUCUGGUGAUGUGAACUCGAGAAACCAUCACAUGCUUAAGUGUGGAGCGUUAAUUCUGUUUUCUGUUCUCUUGGGAGCCAUGGCUGCUAUGAACUUCUCUCUUGCUUUCUUUGUGGCUGUGUUUCAUGUUCCUGUGUACUUAUUCGUCACUCCUACCCCUAGUAGGUAAGUUGGACGGGCCUUUUCUUCCUUAGUUCGGAUCAUUAUACGUCUCUGGGAAACUGCCCACCUACCCCUCCCCUAAGCCAACAGUAACGCGUACUUCUCAGUUAGGGGUUAAUGUUGGCUUAGGGGAGGGGUAGAUGGGCAGCGAGAACAGGCGGACACCUCUAGACAGUUUAGGGAGCUUAAGCAACGACGACGGCGACGUCAACGAGAACGGCAAAAAUGCAAUAGGUUUAAUUAGCAAAACAACAACUUUGCACGUGCAUCAUGCUUUUUUGUACAUUUCUUUGCCGUCAUUGCACGAAUACGACGUGAAAAUGCCUAAUUUCACGUUUUGUAGAGGACGUGAACACAAUACAACGACUUUCUUUUUCUUUUCCUGUACUUCGAUACAGUCUUUUAGAAUUCAGCCCCGGAAAAAAACUGCCAACAUUUGGCGAAUUGAACGCGAAGGAAUAAUUAUAAGCGCGACAAAGUUUGAAGCAGUGCGACUUUACUUUUUAAGUGACGUAAGCCCGCUGUAAUAAAGUAAUCUUUAUUCAUUAUAACAAUCUAAUUAGAUGUAAGAGCCUACUGUGCACUCCUAGUACUUAAUGGCUCUGCAUCUCAAUCUUAUUUUCUGUGUUUGCAGAACUCGUCGCCUCCUGCAAGCUCUUCUGCUACCCCUGGUAUCUCCACCAAUGGUUCUCUUGCUGCUGUUACUAGGAUACAAUACACUCACGGCAGGGAUCGACACCGAUUUCGCCUCUGUACUAUCAGCCACUCUCAUCACAUUCCAUCAAGCCGUGACCUCAUCAAUCCGAGAAGCCCACUUGUUAGGCACGUGGUCAUACGCUAUGACCUGUCUCGGUGUUUUGCCAAACUGGCUCAUGUUUUGGUGUUUAGCGUGGUAUUGAGUACUUGGAAAAGACACUUUAGACAUUUUAUCAAAUUGUGUUUUAUUUUUUUGAAGAUUGCGAUGGUUUCGUGAUCAGUGCGUUACAAUAAGGUCGCUUAUAGCACUUGUAAUUGCGUGUAGCUAACCGGUCAAGUUGCCCGAUAUUUUGUCAGGUGUACCACACAGAAAAAUAGAGUUCACUAAAGAGUGUGUAAUAUAUCUCGUUCUUUAAACCACCAGGAGACCACAGAAGCGGGAUGUUGUUUAGUAUGAUAAAAUUUUGGGCGACUUAACUCUGAUUACGGGCGACAUAACAUUGGGAGAGAUGACUUUCGGGUGACUUGAACGCCUAAUUGCGUUCUUACCGUCGUGUUAUUUCUCAGACUAAAACAUUUACUCUUUUAUCUUUUUCAACUCCUUGGUUGUUAAACGGAGACUGCAGGCCAAUGUUGAAAAGGCAGCCUGUCUAGCAAGUUGCCUUUUGUACGCUUAAGUUCGCCGGCGCUUCAUCUUUCAUAAUCCAGGAGCUAAAGAAAUAUUACAUCCAAGACGAUAAGUUUGAAAAGCAAAAGAACUCUGCAUAUGCGUUGCAUGUCUUUGUACAGUCUCUUCGCCGUCACUGCGCGAAUACGACGUAAAAUUCUGAAAUGCCAGUUUUGGGUGCGGUCUAUAGAAUUGUACCUCGUUUACCUGUGCAACUGGUUUACCAGGAACCGUGCAAUUUGGAACAGCUUGCAGUACUGUUUACACGAGUCCGACUUAUCGAAGGCGCGUAACUAGGCUUCAGGCUUUUUCCGUGCAAACUGUGCAAACACUUUCCCGGUUCAUGUGUUUACACGACUGGAUAUCAUUUUCUGAUCAGGUCAGGAAACGUUGCGGGAUUCCGCAGGUCCCGUGUAAACGAAAGGCGUAUCUGUGCAAGUUUUUCUCCAUUCAGAAAUUUGUCCUGACGCGUAUAAACUAAAACGGUGUCUCGGUUUCAGGAAAUUCAGCUACAUUUAGCAUAUUUAUUUGAAAUAACCGCGAAGGACUGAGGUCUAAAGAAUGCGGAAUCAUUUUACUAAUCGCGCUGUAUUUGUUUCUAAACCUUCCUGUUAUAAGAAAUGAGAAAGACUCGUCUGUGGACCAUCGCUUAUUCAGAGGGAUAACUUUUUUCUUACUUGCUUUACGAUGCAACAUGCUAAAUUUGAACUUUAAACAUCAUUUAGCGGUUCUGUUUAUAACAGUAUAAGUUUUAGAUAGGUUUCUUUAAUUUCUUGGUGACGUGUUUAUAAGCAACAACAGCAUAAACUACACAAAUUCUGAGGUAUCUUUUUAUGUAAGGAUCGGAAUAACAAGACAAACGUGGUGCUACUGCCGUGCUAAGCUGGCUCGACUGUAGCUCGACCGACUGCAGCACGACAAUAGCAUGACUUGGAAUUUAAUUCAAUCGAAUAGAACGGCUGUUGCCGUAAACAAAACACAUAAAUAAAGAAAGGGUUUAGCAAACUUUUAAAUGUAUCCUAAUGUAUUUAUAAUUUAUGAAUUGUGUGCGGCACGGCAGUAGCACGACGUUUGAAAUGGGCCUAAGGUAGCUAGGAAUAAAGUAUAAUACUUUGCUAUGGCUUGUUCUUCUUUCCAGUCAAAGUUGUCAAGUAAAAUUUUCAUUUUUACUUCUUAUUGUCCAGCAAGUUUUCUUUCCUAAGUCUUUUCAUGACUCACGAAAAUUAUCACUUUCUCAUCUAUACUACCAGGAAGUUUUGAAGGUAAAACUUGCUAAGAUCAGUUUGCUAGUGGAACCUAAAGAAAAAUGGCAUGUUUGUUAAACGAUUUUGUCUAAACGUAAGAGCUGUAUGCUGACCCAAUACGAUUUUUUUGUUUGUAUGAACAAUUCACUACAAAAGUUUUAACUUACAAAAUAAUUAAUUAAUUAUAAGUCAAUUACGUUUUUCAGUUGUCUCCUUUCUAGUGGAAAAGUUUGAACCUACAGAUGACAACAAUGCGAUUCACUUGGGUAGACCGACAUGUCAUCGAAAAUGCUUGAACGAAAAGGUCUAUAAAUGAUUCUUAAAGUUGUCUUGUCGACGAUAACCGAAAAGUUUUCCAUUAUAGCACUAUUGUUUUGUUUUAACUGAAGCUUCAUGGUAAGAAAAAAAUCUCACCUCGCGAGUUCAUCUAAAGACUCACACUUCGUCUCGCAUCACUAGGACAUAGUUCUUUACAAAACAAAGGUUUUUGUGCUAGACUCAUGAAUUCAAGUCGGGUUGCCCGUGGAUAAUUCUUCGUUUUUUAUUAUACACGCGCGAGAGGUCGGGAAUUAUGCGAGCAUGAUCAAGAGUUUUUGAUAUAAGAGUAAUGAUGAAAUAUUAGUUUCUUAACGCCGGUUAUCCGGUCUUUUAACCUGAAACACAAGAGCAAACCAAAAACGAUCUCUCUGACGUGAGAAAUUCAAAGGCACGUCCUCAACUGAACGGGCAGAUUAUGGAGGAAAACAUUAAGAAAAAAAUCACACUUUUCUUUUUGCUUUACCCAUGGAAUCUCCCAUAGAUCUAGCUCCUUUUAUCUGAACAAAUCAUGAUAGGCUUCGAAUUGAAACAAAGAAUAAAGAUGAUCUAUCAACUACGGUUCAGUUCAAGUAAUGAAAGUGCUUUGCAUUGAGUUGUUCUAAAAAGUGUCUCAUCACUUUUGUUGAAAUAUCUCACCUUUUAUCGCGUCGCUUACUUCGUUUAUAAUUAGAAGUGGGUUUUGUUCGGGGCAAAAUGAGACGCUUCGGGCCAGAAAUGUGAUAAGGCAUGCCAUCUUUUAAUAACUGCCGUCGCUUUUUGAAAUGUUUCGAGGGAAUAGCGUGAAAGUUAAACCCCAUUUACACGCGCUAAUAGAAUCGGCACGGCAAGCCAAUUUUUUGACACCGUGUUGACGAUUUUAAGGCACAGCACUCCCAAUUUUGUCGUGCCCCUUUUUUAGCACGUGUAAAUGGGGUUUUAGUUUUUCAGUGGACUUUAUUUUCCCUAGAGAUGCGAAGGAGCAAACCACGCGAAUUGAAGCACAAAAUAUCGCCUCGCGCGAGAAAGCUUUGACAUACUGGGGGCAACAUUCCACUCACUCAAGUUUUACGCGUAAAAUAUUAAAGGAACUAUUUCUGACAACUGUUUAAAAGUAUUUUCGGCAAAGGGCUAGUGGCGAAGAAGAGGCCUUGAACUUAAAAACGUCGCGGCCGCGUCUUUCGAAUUUGAUAGUUAUUUAGCCUGUUCUAGGCUCUCAGAUAGUGGGGAAGACGCACUGAAGUGAGAUGCACGCGAAAAGUUGGUCCUCCCGUUUUUUUUUAUUUUUAUUUUUUUUUAUCAUGUUUGCGCUUUCUUAAUUCAGCAGAUCCGACUAUCUCGGAGCCUGGAACAGGCUAAUAGUUAUUAGGAAAAAAAUUGUUCGAAAAAGCAUAAUUUAUUUUGGUCUGCUCAUAUCUAGCUAUAUCUCGGAGAAUAAACUGAUUCAUGUGUUUAACUGUUUUAAAAUAAAUAAUAUGACUGCACAUAAAAAGUGAAUCUCGCAGCACUUUCGUUAAAAAAAUUCUUUUUAUAUAACAUUACUUGACAGGACACAUUUCUGAUUGGAAACAAAUCCUCUGUUAAAAUCCUCGUUUUAAAAACAGAGUUAAUUUCAAGCAAUUACUUUUGAUUAAGUAGCUAAACACAGUUUAAAUAGCUCCAGAAUUUUUUAAGCACACUCAACUGAUCAUUUCGCUUUUGACUUGACGAUAUUGACGUGAUUGCUUUGUUUUGCAGUUUAUUGUGAGAAAAAGUCUCACCUCUAGAAGGAGGAUAAGAAACUCGCACCUUGUCUCGCGUGGGCAAUUUUUAAAUAAAAGAACUGGCUAUCUUUUGUUGUAGCGUUUAAUUAGUGAAUGCAAAUGUUUAUGCCUUUUGUAAAGCUUAGAGUUUAUAACGGGCACGCUUACACUAGCGCUUUCACUUGACGGUUCAACUUGCAAAGAUCGAGUAUUACACUAGCGUUCAUCAUGAAGUUUUACACGUUGCUGUCACUAUGCGUUUUGGUUUUGGCCCUUGCUCAACAAGUAUCCAGCAGUAGGUAAGGGGGAUGUUCUACUUUAGUUACCCAGAAGUGUGACUCGGCAAACAAGCGUGUAAGGGUACGUUUUCGACAGAGCUUUGUGAAUUACGGGGGACAAUUCUUGUACCUGAAAUUUGGUGGGGAAGUUGCGUACGCAACGGAUUUUGUUGUGGCAUACGUGCUAGAUUAUUUUCUGAAAUAUGUGCGCAGAUGUGUUUACAAAUCCAAUAGUAAGGUGUUUAAAACAAUUCGCAAACUUUGAUACUGAUACCAGUAAAACUGAAGCGCGAAAACGAGUACAUGUCUCUUAUUUAUUCUUGAUGUACGCUGCGUAUUGCUUGUGACAUAAUGCGUAUCUUUCAAAAAUUUCGUUGUCGUUGACAGUUUCGCAAAUCAUCUGUCAGAGGAUUAAGAUUUCUUGUGUCAUUCUGAUUUCUAGCAGAUGUUUUAGACUUUUUACGCAAAUCGAGUCCCUGAGAUGUGUUCCAAAGAGUUUAAGUUAUAGAUAUUGAGUCAGAAAUCAACCAUUUCACACGUAGAUGUGUUCUCUGAUUUUGCUUCCAAAGAGCGGAUAUGGCGUGAAGCUUUUUUCGUUCUUAGGUUUUACGAUUGGUAGAACCGUGAAUCUGGCGCGUGAACAAGAAGAAUUUUUGGCGAAAUUUUGGCGCUUUUUACACGUAAUUUGGGAAGCAAUGAUCACGUUUUUAAGAAUUAUGCAAAGGAGGGAAAAGUGUCCUGUUACUUGCUCCGUGUUUCACUUUAUGAAGGACAAAAUGGGUAUCAUCAAAGUUAGAGUUCUUUGAAAUUUGUUUUAGUCUUUAUCAGCGUAGUGACCUGUAACUUAAUUUGUUUCAGAUCCAGUGGCCUGGACAGUACUCUUCGACAAAAGGUAAGUUUGUAAAUAUAUGAUUUUGAACUCCUAAGACAUCUGAUCAAGAACUUUCCUCUUCAGCUGAAUUUUGUUUUUGAACAGCACUGCCUGAUAUUGACUGUAAUCUCGCUUUACACUGGUUUCAGUAUGUCCAAUUCACUAUGUUCGAGUUCGUUAGCUACAUACUAGGCUAGAUGGACAGAGGUGUUAUUCAAAAUAGUUUGCGGAAAGCCUAAUGUUUAGCGAACCGGUGUUGCGAACUGGGAUGUAGCGAAUUCACUUGUGUCUCGUUGGUCGAUAGAUUUUAAUACGUUAUCACCCUUUGAAGUCGAGUUAGUACUAUUACUUCGCAUAGUUUAGUUAUAUUGGAACGAGGAAUAUUCAUGCCGUAUCAGUGUUUUUCGUGUUCACGCGCUAAAUAUAAUUCAAGUUAUCGAAGUUGCUUAUGACUUUCUUCGAGUAAAUUAUUAUUACAUAUAAAACAAAUCUCUUCAGUUAUUACAUUACAUUAUUAGAUUAUAUCAUUUACUAAUUAUUACCUUGUAAAUUUGUUUUUUUUAGAAUUAUCCCUUGUUACUGAGCAUUGUGAGACAAGGAGGACGCCGUGGGUUGACGGAAUGUCGACGACAAUUUAAGACAGAGAUUUGGAAUUGUUCCCUUGGAAACAAGAGAGUGUAUGCACAGUUGCCCAUCUUCGUUAACACAGCACUUCCUUAUGGUAACUUUAUGUUUUAUCGUUGUAGUGCGUAAAAAUGAUGCUUAAUUUAGGACAAAAGAGGCGCAAUUUGGUUCGCAACAAAAACUUUGAAGUUUGUCUCUUGCAUUUGAAGCACCUUUUCACGAGAAAACGGAAUUAAGAACAGUCUUUUCUAUGACUUUUAAGUCCGAAAAGUUAGUUUUUAAACUGAAGACGUUUAUAUUUUUUUAUGUCAGAAUAUUGUUGUUUUCCAAAAAGAAACACAAGUCGUUUCAUUUCUAAUGUUUACCCGGUGUCUCAGGAGAUGUAUGCGCAAAUGGACAUAAUCUCAUAAGCAACCAAUCUUUUGGUGAGCUGGCUACUUAAGAUCUUGAGCCUAGCUACCGCGUAUCUUUUGAAGAGGUGGCUCUUUAAAUUAGGCGAAGCAGUUGAAAAAGUUUAAAAGUGCGGGUUCUUUUUGUUUUCAAUUGGUUGAAUUGUUUAUUAUAUCCAUUAGAAAUGAAUGGUAAUUCUUGCGAUCUGUUUGCUCUCAUCAAUGUGACUUAUUCAUGAAUCGCCAAAAUUUUUAAAAAUGUUGAUACUUACUAAAAUUCUGUAUCCAGUGAGGGAUUUCAAAAUGUUGUAGUGAAAGUUGCGUCUUAUUCAUUAUUGGUCUAAAAUCAUACUGUACUUUGAUUCCCAAUCGAACCUUCUGCGCGCUCGUUCGGUUUUGAAAUCACGGGUAUAGUUUCAGACCAAAUUGUACUUCACUUAAUUACAUUAUCAUUAUGCACAUUUCUUUAAUUACAGCCACGAAAGAAACAGCUUUCCUUCACGCCAUCAGCAGCGCUGCAAUCACCCACGAGAUAACGCUCCAAUGUGCGCGGAACAAAAUUCCUGGCUGCAGAUGCGGGAAAACGAAAUCAAGGAAGCGGGGAAAUGCUGACUGGCAGUGGGGCGGAUGCAGCGACAACAUCAAAUACGGCGAGAAAGAGACAAGACGCUUCAUCGACAAACUAGAGAAAGGAAACGACGCACGUACAGCGUUCAACCUGCAUAAUAAUCAUUUGGGAAGAAAGGUAAGCUGGUAACUUGAAAUUAGCUAAUAAAAAGUUUAGCGACGAUUGCUGGGAAAAAGUGUUAAAUUUUCAGUUUCCUUUCCAAGAAUCCGUAGGCGGCUAUAAGUUAAUGAGGAGUUUGGUGCAUAAAAAAAUGGCACAUAACUGGUGAUCCUUGCGAUCUGUUUGCUCUCAUCAAUUUGAUUUAUUCACGAAUCGUCAAAAUUUUUGCUCGAAAUCGCUUCAUUUCUAUUUGAGAUGAAAUGCGAUAAAAAGUGUCCUGUUUAUUUUCAAACCGGCUAGUGGUUCCAAAACAAAAAAAUCAUGCUGUAUAACUUAGUUUGCGGAACUGAUGGUUUUCGCGCGUUUUGUCUCAACAGGUUGUUCGCGCAAGUCUCCAGAGGAACUGUAAAUGCCAUGGCGUUACCGGAAGUUGUAACUUGAAGACAUGCUGGAAGCAGCUUGCCCCGUUUGAGGUCGUAGGAUCAGCUCUAAAGCAGAAAUAUCGCGCGGCAGCCCAAGUGACGUUCCUAAACAACAAACUUCAAGAGCGAGACAACCGCAACCGAUACAGUCAGGUGACAAGAAAAGACCUCAAGCUGGUUUAUCUUGACUCGUCCCCAGACUACUGCGUUCGAAACAUGACCGUUGGCUCUCCUGGAAUGCUGCGAAGGACAUGUAGAAGUGACAUUUUGUCCAAUGGACAAUGCCGAUCGCUUUGCAAUUCUUGUAACCUAAGGCACCGCACAGAGGAACAUUCCAAACAGGUUAAGUGCAGAUGUAAGUUUGUAUGGUGCUGUACCGUUAAAUGUAAGCUUUGCACUGAAAAGUAUUCCCUCACAACUUGUGUUUAG